AUGCGACCUCCCGGAGGCCCACAGGAAGAAUCGCAGGUACUGGCUCCAGUGAAGGGGCCUUAUCCAGUGGCGCCAGUUACGGAUUUUGCAAAGGAGGCUCCUGAAUCAUUCUCUCAGUCUUACGCGGGCCUGGAUAUCAUUUCCUUCGAUAACUUCGUGCCUCCGCGCCUCAAACACUUUGGCAGCAUCGAUGGCAAACUACGCCAUAAGCCAGAGGGUGCUGGAGAGGGCCUGAGGAUUUUCACCGACUUACCUAUGCCAAUACGAGAAGAGCCUAUUGCGAUUGAGACACCUUCAAAACGCCGUGCUAAGACCCUGAGAAUAAUUGACAUUUGGGGCAAAUCCCCUGAACCCCGAAACUCAAAACCCACGACACAAGAUACCAACAAAGGAAACACAAGCAAAUCCGGUUCCAAGGAUCUCCGACUGACUACCAGCUCCACGAAUAGAGAAAUGGGGCAUGUGCAAGGAGAGUCUUCCUUUGAAAGUGGCAGCAGGCCUGAUCUUACACGUUCUAUGCUUUAUAACUGGCACUUACUCCGGAUGGACAAUAUACGAAUACUGGAUCCGCUCUGGGAAGGCUUUCGGGGUUCUGCUCAUGAUUACGAACUCCUCAAACUCCUGGCACAGACCCAUGAACAUCAACGGUGGUGGCUGAUUGUUGUUGACGGCUUCGCCUGCCCCCAGUGUGUUGAUGAGCUCCGUCUCCAAUGGAUGCAUCCAAGAUCCCUAGGAAAGGCUAUAAAGAGCUUGAAGUCUAGGUGUACGAGGCAUUCCCAUUGUGAUGGUGGCAGUUGCAAAGUCAUAUGCACUCACACACACCGUGAUUGCAACAAGGUCACCCAGUUCUUCUCCAAGCUAGGCCGAGAAAACUCAAAUCGCAUGCGCAACAUCGUCUUGGAAACCCGAGACGACCUGCUCCCUGAUGCCGACGUCCUUGUUUCCGUUGCCCACAAUGUCGGCCGCUACUUUCCUGACGUCCAGAAUCUCGAGAUCAAUUUCCACUUUGGUAACAGGCACCUUGACAGAGACGUAUGGACUCGUAUCCUAUGCGCCUGCCAACGCCUGGAACUCUAUCUGCCAAAAGGCCAGCACUUGCGCAUCAGAGGGAUUGAGAAGCAUACGGAGAUGCAGAAUGACUGGACCAGGAAGGGUAGGAAGUGGCACGAAUAA